AUGACGGACGCCUUGCAAGUGCUCGGGUUCCUGGUUGGGCUCUUGGCAGGACUCGCUGGGAUGAUCCUUUUCUGGGCUCUCCAGCACAAAGGUGAGCACGGAGCCACUGAGGUACCCGCAGCCCCGACGACCACGACUCCGGAGGUACUACCUGUGGCUGCCAAGACAGCCGCUCCAUCAGGAGCCAGCUCAACGGGACCACCACCAGGCCUCCCGGAUCCUUUCGAUGCCCUACUGCCCGACAUCAUGGAUGGUGUGGCAUCGGCGGCGAAACCACCUGGAGAAGUGAAGCCUUCCGCCACAAGUGAUGCUCCAGUGGUCGCAGCUGCUUCGCCCGUCGCCUCCCCGCACCAGGCGACUGCUGAGCUUGGAUCAUCGACUUCGGCGAUGGAGUCGCUGAAGGAGUGGAUGAGUGGCGAACUGCAAGAGCAGAUCCAACUGCUGUUCGAGCAGAACCUUCGCUCUCUGCACACUGAUGCCCCCGCCUCGACUACAGCCACGGUGAAUGGGCCAGACCUGGAUCAUCUCCAAGCUGAGGUGGAUGCCUUGAAGUCCUCCAUCCAAGGCAUGAUCAAAAUUCAGGACAAAGUCGUCGCCAAACUGGAUGAGAUCGGUGACCUUGGUGGACGCCGUCACGCAUACGUUGAGAAUGCCACAGAUGGGACACAGGAUCAGCUCCGAGGGCUGACCAGGGAUGUGCAGGCCUUGGGAGCCAGCCACAAGGAGCAUCGUCAAGCCAACAAGGAUGCAGCUGUUGAGUCAGGGCGGCGGUUCAUGGAGGUGCUCAAGGAACUGGCGACGCUCUCGUCGAAGGUGCACAACGGCUUCGCUGGCCUAAGCGGCAUUGGUCGGAGUGCCAUGGCAGCGGCGCAAGAGAGCAAAGAAGCAGCCGAGCGCGGUCUUGAGGUCGGCGAGAAGACGUUGGCAGCAGUUCGGGUUGCGGGACCUUCACCAUCCGAACGUGAGCUCUUGGAAGGCGUGGCUGAGAGUCAGAAGGCCCUCGAUGCCAUCAAGGGCCAGCUCACCACACUGGACGGAGCACUCGAGUCCAUCAAGCAGCAGCUGGCAUCGCCAUCACCACCACCGCCAAACAUUCCGCCGUCGGUUGUGACCCAGGUUGUGCCACCACCUCCACAGCACAGCCCUAACCUCGUGCACCUGACAAGCAGCGCCGGAUCUUCAUGGAAUCCACCACAGACGGCGACAGUGAUGAUGGGGAAUCCCCAGCAUCUCUUAAGGAUGCUCGCCGGGCCUCCUGAUGGCAAUAACUGA